AUGGCUGGUACUGUCAGCUUGAGUUCUGAUCCAUGCAUGGACUAUACCUCUCUUGAUGAGCCAUGGAGAGCAACCAUCAACACCAACAACACAAAUCUCCAUUGUGACAACAGAAAUUGGAGGGGCUGGUACCGGCUUUUUUAUCAUGGGAUAAGUGUCCAGAUGCCUGAAUGGUGUGUUGAUAUGAACAGAUGUGGCACCCAUGCCCCUCUGUGGAUCACUAGCCCUCAUCCUCAAAUACAAGAUGGAGUGGUCACUCGGCAGGUCUGUGGGCACUGGAACAACAACUGUUGUCAGUUUGCCUCCUAUCCUAUUCGAGUGAAAGCCUGUCCUGGUAAUUACUACGUCUACGAAUUUGUCAGACCUAUAGGCUGCUGGCUGGCAUACUGUACAGGUUCAGAUGCAUUUUACCCAUUUGGGAUUGGAGACACAGUGAAUGGCCGCAUAGAUGAUGGAAGUUCAUCUGUUAUCUAUCUGUUGCAGCCAUUUAUUUUCUUCGGGCAAACGUACCACCAAAUAUAUGUCAAUAAUAAUGGACACCUGACCUUUAAUCAGGCAUGGUACAGUUAUACUCCAUUUCACUUUCCUGCUCAUUCUGGUAGAGACAUCAUUGCUCCUUUCUGGACAGACAUAGACAACCGUGGAAAUGGAGUUAUCUCCUACCGACAGUACACUUCGGGAAGUGUUCUCAGACAGGCCACGCAAGAUAUAAACCAGUACUUUCCUAAUCUGAGCUUCAAUGCCUCUUUUGUUUUCAUCGCAACAUGGGACAAGGUGGCGUACUAUUCCUAUUCUGGCACGGAAACAUCCUUCCAAGUUGUCGUCAUCUCAGAUGAUCAUUUCUCCUUUAUCCUAAUGAAUUACGGUGUGAUUGCACCAACACAUCGUUCGGUGCAGGCAGGCUAUGACACGAGUGACUCUGCAUACCACUUUUCAAUUCCUGGGUCAUUUCAAUCCAAUUUCACAAAUUUAAGGCACACCAGCAAUGUCAAUGUCCCAGGCAGAUGGGCUUUUCGGACAGACCACGGAUUCAGAGGUACUGUCAGCUUGAGUUCUGAUCCAUGCAUGAACUAUACCUCUCUUGAUGAGCCAUGGAGAGCAACCAACAACACCAACAACACAAAUCCCUAUUGUGACAACAGAAAUUGGAGGGGCUGGUACCGGCUUUUUUAUCAUGGGAUAAGUGUCCAGAUGCCUGAAUGGUGUGUUGAUAUGAACAGAUGUGGCACCCAUGCCCCUCUGUGGAUCACAAGCCCUCACCCACAAAUACAAGAUGGAGUGGUCACUCGGCAGGUCUGUGGGCACUGGAACAACAACUGUUGUCAGUUUGCCUCCUAUCCUAUUCGAGUGAAAGCCUGUCCUGGCAAUUACUACGUCUACGAAUUUGUCAGACCUGUAGGCUGCUGGCUGGCAUACUGUACAGAUACGUUUUACCCAUUUGGUAUUGGAGAUACAGAGAAUACUCGCAUGCUUGAUGGAAGUUCAUCCCUUAUCCACCUAUUACAGCCAUUUGUCUAUUUCGGGCAUACAUACAACCAGAUAUAUGUCAAUAAUAAUGGACACCUGACCUUUGAUCAUCCUUUUAGCUAUUGGAUUCCAUAUCAGUUCCCAGCUAAUGGCAACAGGGAUAUCAUUGCUCCGUUCUGGGCAGACAUAGAUACCCGUCAAAAAGGAACAAUUUCCUAUCGACAGUAUAUAUCUGGCAGCAUUCUCACACAGGCUACUGAAGACAUAAACCAAUACUUUCCUGAUCUGAGCUUCAAUGCCUCUUUUGUUUUUGUUGCAACAUGGGACAGGGUACCGUACUAUCCCACGACUGACACGGCAACCUCCUUCCAAGUUGUUCUCAUUUCAGGUGGUAAUCUGUCUUUUGUCUUAAUGAACUAUGGUGUGAUUGCACCAACAUAUCAUUUGGUGGAAGCAGGUUAUGACACACGUGACUCUGCACACCACUUUGUCAUAACUCGACCAUUUCAAACCAAUUUCACAAAUUUAAGGCACACCAGCAAUGUCAAUGUCCCCGGCAGAUGGGCUUUUCGGACAGAUCAUGGAUCUAGGGGCUGUGUAUUUAAUGGUUUAGCUGUGCAGCAGGGAGACUCCUUCUGGAGUGAUGCCACCUGCCAGCAGAAGUGUACCUGCAUGAACAGGGCCUUGCAGUGCAUCCAUCAGCCCUGCACUUUCUCCCAAGCAUGUCGUCCAGCUGCUUUCCAGUACGCUUGCCAGAAUAUUCCACGCAAAACAUGCACCAUAUCUGGUGACCCUCACUACUACACGUUCGACAACCGGAUAUUCCAUUUCCAGGGCACUUGCACAUACAUACUGUCUGAGGCUUGUGGUGGUGGACUUCCAUACUAUCGAAUUGAGGGCAAGAAUGAGCAUCGUGGUAGCACACAUGUAUCAUGGACACGAAUGGUCAGAGUGUUUGUCUACGGUGAAAACAUUGAGCUGGUCAAAGGUUACAGUUAUCAAGCUAAGGUAAACGGGAGCUUUGCUUCAGUUCCAUUCACCCUCCGUAAUGGCUCAGUUCAGGUUUACCAGUCUGGUUUCUCCUUGGCUGUAAGCACAGAUUUUGGCCUCGUAGUCACAUAUGAUGCAAAUCACUACGUGAGAAUCUCUGUACCUUAUGACUACCAGAAUGCCACUUGUGGCCUCUGUGGCAACUUCAACCACAACCCGGGAGAUGACUUUCGAACACGAGCCGGGGAAAUCUUGAGCUCCGAUGUGGACUUCGCCAAUAGUUGGAGAGUUUCUGGAGACACAGACCCUGACUGCCAGGACGUCAGUUGUUCUGGUCUGGCCUGUGCAGCCUGCAGUGCUGCCCAGAGAAGCCUGUAUAAUAAUGCAGCCCACUGUGGGAUCCUUAGCGACCCCUCAGGCCCAUUCAGCCCAUGUCAUUCUCAACUGGCACCAGAGAAUUUUGUUGAAAACUGUGUAUAUGAUCUUUGUGUGGGUGGUGGUUACCAGCCAAUCCUGUGUCAAGCCCUCAGUGUAUAUUCUGCUCAGUGCCAACAGCUGGGCAUUCAGCCAGAACUUUGGAGAGGACAAGGCUUCUGUGAAAUCCCUUGUCCUGCCAACAGCCACUUUGAGUCCCAAGGCACAGGCUGCCCUGCAACCUGUAACAACCCUACUGCCCAUCUUAACUGCCCCCUACCAAACCAGGAGAGCUGUGUUUGUGAUGGGGGGUUUGUUCGGAGUGCAGGGGAAUGUGUUCCUUCAGCUCUUUGUGGUUGCACCUUUGAGGGCCUUUACUACACAGCAGGCCAAACAGUGUUGUUGGACGAGGACUGUGGGAGACUCUGUGUCUGUAAUCAUGGGGUGAUGAGUUGUUCUGCUCACCAGUGUAGCCCACAGGAACAGUGUGUGAUCUAUGACGGAGAAAGAAGCUGCAGACCCAUCAUGUACUCUACCUGCUGGGUGGAGGGCCUGGGCUCAUAUCGUACAUUUGAUGGACUGACCUUCAGUUACCCUGGGGCUUGCAGCCUGACUCUUGCCAGGGUCAUGGGCCCAUCAUCACUGCCUCACUUCCAGCUCACCGUGGAAAAAGUUCCUAGAGGCAACCAGGGUUUUGCAAGGGUAUUGAGGUUUGAGGCAGAAGGUACACAGAUUUCCGUGGAGAUGGAGGAUGGUGGGAGGACACAGGUGGAUGGUCAGUGGGUUGGUCUGCCCUUCAGUAUUGGCUCUGGUCAGAUUCGCAUCUACCACAGCAGUGUGAGGGGUGUUGUGGUUGAGACAACUUUUGGUGUGACUGUGCGAGCUGACUGGCCGCAUAUAGUUCGUAUCACUGCUCCGGGGACCUACAAUGGCACCCUGGGAGGUCUAUGUGGGAAUCUGAAUGGGGACAUUGAGGAUGAGUUCUACAGCCCAAAUGGGGCUCUGAUGAACAACUCACGGGAGUUUGGAAACAGCUGGAGAGACGGCUCCCUCUCAGCUCAUUGUGAAGAACAGAGAGGCAUCUGGGAGCCAGGACAUUUCCAGAACAAUAGCCAGUUCCAUGAACUCUGCAGCAUCAUGAUCUCACCCAUUGGGCCAUUCUCGCAGUGUAAUAGCAGACUUGACCCUUGGCAGCGGUUUGAGGAGUGCAUUGAGGCUCUGGCAGAAACAGGAGGUGCCAAGGAGGCCCUGUGUGAAGCCUUGCAUGGAUAUACUCUACUUUGCCAACAAAAUGCCCAUCCAGUGGGAGAGUGGCGGAAUAUUACCAACUGUGAGCCCACGUGUCCACCUAACAGUCACUAUGAAUUGUGUGGGACAUCCUGCCCUGCCACCUGCCCCAGUCUAUCCUUUCCAUACCAGUGCACACAAGAUUGUCAAGAGGGCUGUCAGUGUAAUGAUGGACUCUUGCUGAAUGGAGACAGUUGUGUGCCACCCAUGGGCUGCGGCUGUCACCACGCUGGGCGUUAUCGGCAAGGAGGCGAAAGGUUCUGGCAUGGUGAGGAGUGCCAGUCUCUUUGUGAAUGCAAUGGAGCUACAGGGUAUGUUUCUUGCAGUCCUUCUGCUUGCAGUGAACAGGAGACCUGUCGUAUUGAAGAGGGCGAUUAUGGCUGUCACCCUCGUCCCCAUGCCACCUGCGCUGCCUCAGGAGACCCCCACUACUCGUCAUUUGAUGGGCGGGCGUUUGACUUCCAGGGUACAUGCCGCUAUGUUCUAGCAACCAUUUGUAAUGACACUGGGUUGCUACCAUUCUUCAAAGUGGAUGCAAAGAAUGAGCCAUGGCAUGGGCUGCCAGUGUCCAUCACAGUUGAGAUUUUUGUAAAUGUCUCAGGACACAUAGUACACGUAACCCGAGAUAUGCGUGGCACUGUGGAGGUUGACGGAGAGACCAGGAACCUGCCUGUCCUGUUAGAUGGUGGUCGUGUAUCUAUUUAUGCAAGUGGACAGAACACAUUUGUUUCAACUGACUUUGGCCUGAGUGUGAGCUAUGAUGGCUCAUGGACAGUUCAGAUCACAGUCCCUGCCAACUACAGUGGGGUCACAUGUGGCUUGUGCGGAAACUUCAAUGGCCAGCGGGAUGAUGAUUUUCUCACCCAAUCUGGUGAACUUGCUUCCUCUGCUCAUGAAUUUGGAGAGGACUGGAGGGUUGAUGAUGGCAUUCCAUGUAAUGAUGGAUGUGGAGACUCCUGCCCAUCAUGCCACGACCAGACCUGGGCACAAACCCAUUGUGAGAUUCUCAGGGCUGACAAUGGGCCCUUGAGCUUCUGCCAUGACCAUGUAGAUCCUCAGCCCUACAUCAACGACUGUGUCUUUGAUGUGUGUCUCUCUGGGAACAGAGAAGAUGUCCUUUGCCGCUCAAUUCAAACAUAUGUGAGUGCCUGCCAGUCUGUGAAUGCAAGGAUCUACUCUUGGAGAGAAAACACCACUUGCAGAAUGGAAUGUCCAGAAAACAGCCAUUAUGAAGUGUGUGGCACAGAUUGUGGACAUACUUGUGCCAGCAGCAUCGAUGCCAGCUGUGAGCGGACAUGCUCAGAGGGCUGUUUCUGUGAUGACGGCUAUGUGAGGAGUGGUGGACGCUGUGUGCCAGUGGAACAGUGUGGCUGUUUGUACGAUGGAUUCUACUUUGAUAUUGGGGAGCAGUUUUGGACUCCAGGCUGCUCUCAGCGUUGUGAGUGCUUUGCCCCUAAUGACCUGCGCUGCUCAGCUUCAUCCUGCUCCCCAGCACAAGAGUGCACAAUAAGAAAUGGCAAGCUUGGUUGCUAUGGAAACAUGGCCACCUGCACAGUCUGGGGAGACCCUCACUAUAUCACCUUUGAUGGUGCUGUGGUUCAUUUUCAGGGCACUUGCUCCUAUGAGAUUGCUCAGACCUGUGGGAACACUAGCGACAGUGGACUAGCAUUCCGUGUAGUGGCUACCAACAGGCACCGUGGGAACAUGGUCGUGUCCUUUGUGUCUGUGGUGGAUGUGUGGCUCUCUAAUGGUGCAGAGCAGACGCAUAUCACCAUUGGACAAAAUCGGAAAGUGAAGGUUAAUGGAGAUACAAAUGAUUCACCCUCCUUCCUGGUGGGCUCUUUGGUAGAGGUGUCCCAAGAGCGAGGCUUUGUGAUUCUGAAUGCAUCUAGUGAGCUUAUGGUCCACUUUGAUGGUCAUAGCACCCUCCUUGUCAGACUAAGUGCAAAUCAUGGUGGUUCUGUGUGUGGAAUGUGUGGCAAUUACAACGGUAACUCAACAGAUGACAAGGUUCUUCCCAAUGGAGACCAGGCAUCGAGUGAUAUUGCCUUUGGUCACAGCUGGAAAUCGGACACCAGCAGUCCAGGCUGUGGGGCAAGUGACCGAACUGCUGAUGACAACGAAUGCCCCUUUGUGGACGAGUAUACCCAGCUCUGUGCCAUCAUCACCAACACUAGCGGGCCCUUCCAGAACUGCCAUCUGCAUGUUGACCCUGCACCGUACCUCAUGUCUUGUGUGUAUGACCUGUGCCUCUACACACCUGCCAAUGGCAUGCUCUGCUCAGCUGUGGAGGCCUAUGAGGCAGCAUGUUCCGUCUUAGGGCUCCAGAUCCCAGAAUGGCGUGCUGAUCUGCACUGCUCUGUUCUGGAUCCUUGUGCUGAUCUGAACUGUACAGAGGAUGAGUGGUGUGGUGAGAAAAAUGGUGUCUAUGGCUGCUUCUGUAAUGAGGACCUGGAGCGAUCUGACCCUGAAACAUAUGGUUCCAUUGAGUCUUGUGCCAGCAGUUCAGGCUCAAUGUCUCUGUCUCGCUGCCAGCUCUUUGAGGCUGGUUUCCCAGCAAGCAUUCUGCAUCUCAAUGACCCUACCUGUACAGGAACCAUCAGAGAUGGCAGAGUGGAAUUCCAGUUUGAUAACGAUGCCAAUAUCUGUGGGACAACCCUGAUGAGCAAUGGAACCCACUUCAUCUACAAGAACUCCAUCCAGGGUGUGGCAGACUCAGCUGAUGGUCCUAUCAGCAGAGAGAGACGCUUAAAUCUACGUUUCUGCUGUGAAUAUCCGCUCACCCAGUCCCUCUCUAUGAACAUAGACAUCAACCCACUGGAGAGCAUUAUACACAAGAAACUCCCAAGCGGCCAGGGGAGAUACCAGGUGCGAAUGAUUCCCUAUCAAGAUGCAGGGUUUUCUCACCCUUUCACUGGGAGUGUGAAUGUGGAGGUGAACCAGCGAAUCUACGUAGCUGUGCGUGUGGAUGGGGUGGAUAGUCGGCAGAUUUCGACAGUGAUGGACACCUGCUGGGCAACCCCAGUUAAUGACCCUAAUUACCACAUCCGUUGGGACCUCAUCAUUGGAGAGUGUCCAAAUCCUGCUGACAAUACAGUGGAACUGUUGCAAAAUGGUGUCUCCACAACAAGUCGUUUUUCCUUCAGGAUGUUCACAUUCACUACAAACUCCUCCAAGGUCUUCCUCCACUGUAACAUUCACCUGUGUUUGCUGGAGGGCAACGAUUGUACAGCGCACUGUUAUCCUGGAUACCACCAGAGAGGGCGCAGAUCUGUGGACAUCCAUGACAGUAUUUCUCUUUCUAUGGGACCACUGAUAUGGUCAAACGAAAAAACAGAUGUUUUGGAUGUCCAGGUCCGAGAGUUAGUGCGAGUAUCCAAGGCAUCUGGUCUGGGUGGAUCUCUGAUGGUUCUGCUCCUCUCUGUGCUCUUUACCAGAGCACUAAUUUAG